AUGGGCUCGUCUGAUUCUGAAGGCUCGAUAUCUUCCAGCUUGCCCGUUCCAAAACUGAUCAAACGCAUCAAACACUCGUUCCUCGAACGAGACUUUGUUGCUGUCCGAACCAUAUUAAUGGACCGGGAGAGGGGCGUGAAGAUGGAGAUAGAAAGUCUCAGCCGAGAACGCGACUCCGCUAGAGAAGAGGUCUCUUUGCUGGAGGGAAAAGUGGCCUUAGGGGAGCUUGAGCGUCUGAAGGUCGAGCACAAAUUGGUUCGGAUUGAAAAUAAAUGUAGGGAUUUGGAAAAUACUGUGUCCUGUUUGCGUGAGGAGAAUCGUUUGAUAGUUGAGUUGAACGAUAAAGUUGAUGCGUUGACGAAGGAAAAGUUGGAAAAUGAAAGGCUGGCGAGGAUGUAUCGGGAUAAAUGUGAUUGUUUGGAAACAAAUGCUGUGGAAACGAAGCAAGUGAUGGAUGAUUUGAGGCACGAGAGAUUGGGUGCGAUCGGGACAAUUGAAGAUUUACGGAGAAAAUUGUCUGAGGCUGAGAAGGCCGUGGACGAACUGAAAAUGACGAAUUUUGAGGCUAAUCGGACGGUGGAAGAGAUGAUGUUGAAAAAUUUGGAGUCGGAGAAGGAGGCUGAGUUUCAUAGACGGAGGCUCGAUAGUUUGGUCCCAAGAAUCACGAAGAUCGAGGAGUAUCUUGCCGGUAUGUUGAACGUGAAUGUGGAGGAUCUUGCUGAAAUAGCAGGCGAGAAGUGCUAG